GCAUUCAGCAUGACAGCGGCAACGGAGAUCGAGCCAGCAGGGAGAGAAGACCGGGUGGCGACACUUACGCAAGACUGAGCCUUCUGCACGUUUAACCAGACUUAAAGUGUCUUCGCCAAACAGAAGAUCAGCGACUUAAGGAGUUCAUCGCACCAUGGGGAUAAGGCACCUUUUGCUGCUGCUCAUAUACCUGGACCCGCUGAGCGUACUCAGCGCCGCCACGGGCGGUAAAAAGCCGAAGCCGCCAUCCAAGAGGGGUCCCAAGCCGCAAAACAUCACCGCUCCGGUCCCCACUGCCGCUCCACAGAAGACCGUCCAGGUCCAACCCCAGCCAACCAGCAACCACGACACCUGCCUGGGCUACUACGAUGUCAGCGGCCAGUAUGACAAAUUGUUCGAGUGCAAUAACACGGACCACCGGUUCUGCUGCGGGACCUGCUACCUGCGCUUCUGCUGCGAGUACAAAAAGGACCGGCUGGAUCAGAAAGCCUGCAAAAACUACCAGACACCGAUCUGGGUGCAAACGGCGGCCCCGUCACCCGUCCCGACCGGUGAAACAUACGAUCCGAGCAUGGAUCAGACCAACACAGCUGUGUAUAUCACCUGUGGGAUCAUAGCCUUGAUCAUAGUGUUGGGAGUGUCGGCCAAAGUUGCCUAUGACAAAGCCACAGAGCCGCCUCAGGAAAUGAAUAUACACAGGGCCCUUGCAGACAUUCUGAGGCAGCAGGGGCCCAUACCCAUAUCGCAAUAUGACUGUGAGAAUUUUGCAGCGAUGAACGGCUCACCCAAAGACAACACACCAGUCAGAACCUCAUCCAAGAACCACUACACCCCUGUUCAUACCUCCAAGUCCAACCACGGUCUCCACUAUGGAAAGGAGAGCGUGCGGAGCAGCGGAGGCCCCGACAUUCACAACUUCAUCUCCUCUGGCUUCGUGACGCUGGGACGAGGCCAUCAGAAAGGAGAAAAACAUUGGCCGGUCCGCUCCCAGAGUCACCAUGGUACCCAUCAGCACAACUAUAACCAUGUGGCUCUAGGUAGCCCCACACGCACACCUAAGAAUGCUCACCGAUCAUUGAGGCGUGAAAACAAUCGGAUAAGCGGCAUCCUGACCUCGCAGACGGAGCCCUACGACCUGUCUUUCUCACGCUCCUUCCAGAGCCUGUCACACCUGCCGCCCUCCUAUGAGGCGGCCGUCAAAGCCGACCUCAACCGAUACUCCUCCCUGAAGAAACUCACAGAUAAAGAAGUGGAAGACUACUACACUCGUAAGCGCCACCUGCCCGACCUGGCAGCGAGAGGCACGCUUCCUUUACAUGUUAUCAAAAUGAGUCAAGAACAGCACCGGGAACAGCAGCAGCAGCUCCAGAGCCAGCCCCCGCAGUCCACCGUCUCCCAGGCCCCUUCACAGUCACAGUCCUCCCAGCAGCAGUCCCAGCAAAGGCAAAGGCCCCGUCGCGUCCAGAGAGCCAUGUCCCAGGACCGUGUUAUAUCCCCGCAGAGGGGCCCGCAGCACGAUUACAGCAUGUCCUCCAACGGUAUGUCCCCCUACGGAGGCCGUAUCCUCUCUGAUGAGCAGCUCCUGUCAGCCGAACGUCUACGAUCCCAGGAACGGCUGCUGCCGCAGGACCGCCUCUCCUCCCAAGAUCGUCUCUACUCCAAGGACCGCAUGUACUCCAAGGACCGACUUCUGUCCCAGGACCACCUCUACUCGAAAGACCGCCACUAUUCUCAAGACCGCCUCUAUUCACAAGAUCGCUUGUACUCACAAGACCGCCUCCUUUCCCAGGAUCCUCUGCUUUCGCCGGACAAGCUGAUGAUGUCGCUGAAGCGCGGCAUGGUCAGCAGCAUCUCCGGCGGGUUCCGCGGCAGCGACAAAUCAAUGUCACGUGCCAUCUCGCACACGGACGUGUUCAUCCCGACCACGCCGCUCAUGGACCGCUACAAGAUGACCAAAAUGCACUCCCACCCCAGUGCCUCUAACAAUGGCGGGGGGGCGCCAGCCACGGGAGGCACCGGGCACUCCAACACUUUAGCCAUGAACCAGACAGCUUCUAAGAGGCAGGCAUUUGCCUCCAGACGGACUCACACUGUGGAGCAACUCCACUACAUCCCCCAGCACCACCAGCAGCAACAACAGCCACAGCAUUACCGCACAGGCAGCAAGACUGAAGUGACUGUGUGAUGCUAGCCAAGCAGCAACCUGAACUGACUGCUAAUGGCUUGGGGAGCACUGCUGUGUGUGUGGGGGAGGUGUUUUUUGGGGCAGGUGUGUACACUGGCCUUGUAUUAAGAGUAGGAUGGUGGUGAUAUCACUUUCCGUGACUUGGUUUCCUGCAAAGUCAAUCAGAGUUUCCCUGCUUUGUCAGACUUGGACUCCGAAGCAAGAACGUCCACUGGCUUACUGUGAGUGACCGCGAGGAGGCAGUGCUGUACACUCUGCGCUGCACACACAGGUCCGGCUGCAUCUGCCUCCAGAGAUGUUUGCUUCACCUGUGGUUGGAGGGGUGUAAUACUAUCCAGCUAACUUGCCUACUAUUAUUUCCACUGUCUUGAUAAUCCUAUUCAUCCACAGGCUGAGGCCUUUUUCUGUGUGUCUGUGUUUUAGUGAGAAGACAUGGAUUCUGUCUGUUUAAGGCUUUAUCAGCCCCUGUGUCCAACAAAUCUACUCUGUGACCUUUUUCUGGCAAAUCUAAAAGGGCUUUGCAUGGUUAAACACAAGGACCGAUUUCCUAUCACCAUGGGUGAUAAACCAGGACGAGCCUGUGAUAACUUUAUAAAUAUAUAAAUAGAAAUAAAAACUACAGUACCAUUUGUACGCCCAGUCCUACUCAUAGCUAUAGAGAAUCUCAAUGAGAGAAACUGAAAUGGAUGUUAUUAGCACUUCUAUUUGGUGCCUCUGACAGAUGUUCCAUUUCUAAAAAUGAAGUGGUUUCGUGGGUUACAAAGCACAAUCAAUUUAAAAAAAGAUAUAAUUCUGUUACGUUUUUGUUUCGUUCUUCAGUUUGAUUAGUGAUGGCUAGCUUGUAUCAGUUUGUAAUUAAAGCAAUGGCAGGUUUUUUUUUUGCUUCCAGUAGAUGAUUGUAAAUAAGCUAUUCUAGAAGCAGUAUUAUGGACAAGUCUGUACUGGUUGGACUUUGUAUUAGACUGUCUGUUUUCAGUAGGAAAAAAAAAAAAGAAAAUAAAAAAAAGAAAAACUUAUAAAUCAUCACCGUUUCGUGAGUUCAGAAUAGAAACCCACUUAACCAAGUAUUUGACAGGAUAAAUUACUACUAUACUGUGUGUGUCUUUGAAAAACUGUUUGUAGGAUGAGAAGUGAAUGAAUGUGUUGUUGAUUACAGAUAUACCGCUGUUCAUAUUUGGAUGUAGACUGUGUUCCAUUGACAUCAGAGGACUUUAACACCAUGGAAAAUGGAUUAUAAUGCUUGUUAAAGUAGGGUUAAAUAAACCAUCCAUAUUUUUCUAAACAUU